UUUCUCACCAUCACACACUGCUAUUUCAAACUCCGCUGCCGCUUUCACUUUCGGAGUUUUAGGGCGGGAGCCAGUAACGGAAGAAAUGGAAGACCCAGUUCCUUCUUCAUCCCCACCACCUGACCUCACCACCAUUCACAGACGAGUGCUUGAGCUCGAAGAGAUUCUCGAGCGAUGCCGCCGAGACGAUGAUUCCGAAUCACCUACUGCAGAUUCUCAGGAUUUACUUAACGACUGCGCUGUGUUUCUCCGGGUAAUUUUGAAUUUACCCCUCUCUCUUUUGGUUCAAUUUCGAAAUUUUCGUUUACAUUUUUCUCUCAUCAUUGUGCAUGUAAAUGUUGCUCUGAUGUUUGUCUGUUAGGGGAUCAAGAUUUUGAAGCAUAUAUGGGACGGUUUGAGCAGGAGCUUAGCUCCGUGGAGGCCGAGAGCGCUAAGGUUUCCAACGAAAUUGAGGGUCUCGUUUGAACCCAUGAGGAAGAUUUUAAUCGGCUUAAUGUUGAUAUUGGGUAGUUGAAAUGUUCAUUGGAUUUUGCUGGAUCGCAGGAUUUGGAAGAAAGCAAAACUGGGUGCAGAUGCUGAUUGCCCUUCCUAUGGAAAAGAUUAGUUGGAUCCGAUGAAUGUGAAUGAAGACAAAUUCAAGCUACUGGAACAUGAAAAUCAGAUUGACCAUAAUCUUAUAAUUUUGAAGUCUCUACAAGAUUUAGAAUCCAAACUUAAAUGGCUUGAAGCCACUGAACAGUUUGAGGAUGCAUUUUCAGGUCUCAAGGUCAUUUCUUUUGAGGAGAACUGCAUUAGGUUGUCACUUAGGACAUACAUUCCAAAGUCAAAAUUUCUAUCCCAACAAAUAAUUGAAGAUACCACGUCUGUGAAUCAUGAGCUACUAAUUGGACUAACGGAGAGGACUAUGGGCUUUAGGAAUGUUGAGAUUUUUCCAAAUGAUGUAUAUAUAAGAGAUAUUCUUGAUGCUGCAAAGCCUUUGAGACUCUUGUCAUUCUCCUUGGAGCACUUGGCUUAGAGAUGAGAUGAUCUCAUUGUGGUUGGAGGAGUGGAUGCAUUCAUUAAGGUCUCUCAAGCUUGGCCAUUGUUUAGUUCUCCAUUGAAUGCGAUUCUAAUCAUAUUCGUGUUUUCUAUGCCAAGUAUGUUCAGGAUUUCAGUAAUCAGUGCUCCUGUAUGUAUGUUAACAAUGACCACUGAUCAUAUCCAUUAACAUGCAUGGUUCUUUUACCAUUUCAAACAAAUCAC